AUGCCGGCCGACGAGUAUUCGACGCCCGGCGGAGGCGGUAAGCUCAAGCUGAAGGGCUCCAAGAUCGCCGAUGGCCGAGUAGAGAAGAAGAAAAAGAAGAAGAAGCAAAAGGAAAACGAGACCAAGAAGGUUUCUCCCGAAGCGGACGCAGAGCAGCAGCAGCAUCCAGACGAAAAUGAAACCACCACCACCACCACCCCAAGAGAUACGUCUCGUGCCCCCGAUGAGGCUGAUCAUCCCGAGGAAUCAUCACCGGACGUUGGCUCGGCUGGCAAGACCGAGGCGGAGAGAAGGCAUGAGGAGAUGAGGAAGAGGAGGCUGCAAGAACGCCUAAAACGGGAAGGGGUCAAAACUCACAAGGAGCGCGUGGAGGAGCUCAACAAAUACCUCAGUCGAUUGAGUGAACACCACGAUAUGCCCAAGAUUGGACCCGGUUGA